UUUGACAAAUGUUCACUCUUUGCCCGUCCUACCGCGGAUAAGUACUUGGUUUCUUGGUGACGUCGUUCUACUCAGAGUCCGGCGAUAUUGUCUCCACUUGGAUAGAAAUGAUGGAGACAGGUUCUUGCUGUCUUUUUCUUUGUCGGCGACCCGAGGCGUUUCAACUUUCGUCUACUUCACAAGUGUCAGGCAACGCUUGCGUGGCUGUAGCUCGGACCGUUGUUCAUGCUGUCGCGGUCACCCAUACGCCAUCGUCAAAGCCACCUCUUCCUUUGCAGUGCUGAUGCCUGACCCUGAUCACUGUGCACUCUAUUGCAACCCAUUAUUUGUGCGCGAU